UCCGGUUUCCUCCACCACAGGAGGGAGGAGAUCGAGGAGAGGGCGGGGGAUGGGAAUAAAAGAGAGAGAGUUCAGAAUGUAGAACAAUUGGUGGGAAAUCGUUGUGGGCUGAGGGUGGUGAGGGGGGAUGAAUCAGCCGGACGGUUCUUUGUAAGACGGAGAGAGAAAGUUCUGUCCCUCUUCCGGACGGACGAACGUCAAUUUGGUUGGAUCGUCACCCACCGAACGCCGCCGCCCAAGGAAGAGAAAACAUCGAGAAUGACGACUAUUUUUUGGAUUCUCCCGAUCUUUUUGGCUCUGGUACCAUCUGGUUCCUCGCUGUCCUGUGGGCUAUGCGGGACUACAAGCGACACUUCAUGCACCGGCCCCUCCAAGGCUUGUCUUCCCGGCUCUGCCUGUCUGGUUACCUACACCUCGUUUGAAACAGGAGGCUACCCCUGGGCUCUGUACACCCUGUCAUGCGGCGCUCAGAAGGUAUGCGGAUUAACUGGCACUGCCAGCCAUCCCGUGGAUGGGAGGGUAAGAAUGGCGACUUCCUGCUGCACCACCGACAACUGCGUCCCGGACUUACCCACCUUGCCGGAGGCCAGCUCGGUAUGGAACGGUUUGGUGUGUCCAUCCUGCGUGAGUGCCAAAUCCACCUUCUGUUCUGCUUCUACGACCUUGAAAUGCAAAGGCAAUGAGACCAUGUGUGUUACACAGAGUGUGAAAAACUCAGCCGUAUCGGUAGCAACAAGUUUUCGUGGUUGUGCCUCACAAUCCCUCUGUGACGUCUACGGCCGCACGUCUGACGGAGAGGAUGAAGGAAUUACCUAUACCUGCACUAGUGGGAACAUAAGUCUCAAAAAAAGCUUCUAAAGCCCGCC